UCUUUUAGCCUUUGGAGGCCAAGGGAAAGAAGCCAAACAAUCAAAUAGAGUUGCUCUAAUAACCAGUGAAGUAUCAAUACUACUGAGAUCAGUUAUUAUCUAAAGGCUGAGUAAAAUUGACCAAGUGGCACCACCAUGACGGUGCGAUUUUGGAAGUUUUUCGCAGUUUGUUUUGAUGUCGGUUUCUACUGCGUCACAAUCUCUUGAAUGAUAUAUAAGCUGAGAGAAUGAAAUUCGUUUUGCGGUCGAAAUUCGUUAUAAUUCAAUUCAUAUGUUAAAUAUGACUAUUCAGUGUUGUCAGGAUGUUCAAAGAUCGUCAACUGUUGUGGCUCCGGUCUGAAAACUGCAUUGAUGCUCUAAUGAUUGCGAAGGAAAUAUUAAUAAUUAAUUGCCGGAUUAAUGUAAAAAAUUAUAUAGUUUCACUUUAUAUUUAAAUUCAUGGUUUAAUAUUUAUUGUUUUGAAAUUAGUAAUAGAUCAUUCAGUCUUCACAAAGUUCUUUAGUUUCCUAGCUAGUAACUAACUCAUAUUUUCCUGAAAGCAGUGUAUUGAUAAAACAACAACAAAUGGUCUACAACAGUGACGUUGUUUCCUUCAUUUAUUCCCUUCACCAGUGGUUUUGUUGGAUUAGUCAGUUGAGAAUGACAAUCAGUGGCACUCGUGAUACAGUUUGGCUGGCAAUUUUUGUCUCCUUCAUUUGCACAAUUAUAGGUAGUGUCAAAUUGUUUAAAAUAUCUGGCACCAAUCUCUUGUUAACCUUUACUAGAUUAUAAAAAAAGUGCAACCUAGAGAGUUCUAACUUCGGUUCAAUAUCAUUCGCUAGUAAUUUGUUUGACGCAAACAUUUCUGAAUGACACUAAAUCAGCGUUAAGUUGUAAUAUUUCAGAUUAUUUUUGCUUUAGGAGCUCAAAGCGAAGUUCACUGUUUAUAAUAACCAGCUAUCAUGGAUAGUCAAAUACAUCAACAAUUUCGGUGUUCACCUGAAGUAAAUAUUAUCGCGUGAAUUCUCAGCCUUUACUGACGUCAUUCUUUGCGAUAUUGAGCUCCAAUUUUAUUGCAGCCUAAACAAAGCAUUGUGGUCAGUUUAGACAGCGAAUCUAUAGAAGUUAACCACGAUGUCUUUGUUUGCCUUCGUCACUGUCGCUUUGUUUAGAUACAGAACACGUUAAUUGUCAAGGACUAGCCAUAAAAUAAAAUUAUGAAUGUUCCGCUCCAUGGCCAUUUCACUCUUUCUCUUAGGUGGGAGUAUCACGCUAUGUUUAUGAUGUUUUUGACGACAAGCGCAUGAAGAUAGCUCCAAGUUCCCACAAAGAAAACGAGAUUUUGAAAAUAUGGGGAGUCGUAAUAGAGUUUGUCCAAUACAAAACGAUGAGAAAAGUGAAAAUGAAGAAGGUAGCCUGCAAGAAACAUGUCCUGUUUCAAAUGGUUUGGCAAACAGUUUUGCUUCACACUUCUCUGCCGUGGAGUUUUGUGGUCAAAUUGCAAGACUCGAUUCAUCCUUGAGUCACGACCAAAAUGCUUUAGCGGAGGCAAGUACAUGUGAAACUCAGUCUCGACCUCCCUCCAGAGUUUCUCCAAUGGAAGACGAAGCAAAACGGGAAAAUGAGCAAAAUAGCUCGCAAGAAGCUGCCCAUCAUGUUUCGAAUAGUUCGGCGAAUGGCUUUACUUCUCAAGUCUCAGCCGUAGAGUUUCGUGGUCAAAUUGUAAGACUUAAUUCGUCGGUGAGUAAAAGCGCUUUAACAGUGCAAAGUGAUCUCCCUGCUCGUCCUCCUUCAUCACCGAGUUCCUACACGAAGAGAAGGAAUAGUGAUUAUGUUUAUGUUGAGAAAAUGCUGAAAGAGAUAAACGCAUCUGCAGGCGUUGAUUCGUCUUCAAGAAGUAGAAAGGAGAGUGUCCCUGCCUAUGAGCCCAUUUUGGAAUUUGCGGUUGAUGGGACUGCAGAACAGAACGAAGAGGACGGCAAGGGACAAGAACCGAGCGAGAGUGGAGAGGAAAGCAUUGGAAGGACAAAAAAUGAACCAUGUUUAUCUAAAGCAGAGGAGCCGAAUCAAGCUCUACUGAAAUAUUUCGUCACGCUAUCAAGUUCGAGCGAUUGCAAUGAUUCGCUGGAUUUAGGACACAUUCAAUCGCUGUUACUUGAAGGAGCCUGUGUCAAUACUUGUGAUCGCUUUAGUCAAACGUUACUCCAUGAAGUGUCCAGGAACUGGGGGACAGAUGUAGCGCAGUUUUUCAUCGAUAAAGGCGCAGACGUCAACAGUGCCGAUGAUUUUGGACGGACUCCUUUACAUGUGGCAGCUUCGGCUGAUUAUUCCGAGAUGGUCAGAUUUCUUAUCGAAAAUGGUGCUGAUAUUGACUUGACAACCAAUGGAGAGAAACAAACUCCUCUUCAUUUUGCGGCCAAAAAUGAAGCACCACAAAGUGUUAAAAUUCUUUUGGCUUACGGUGCGGAGUUGGAGGUUCGAGACUACAAACAACGCACCCCAUUGCAGCUUGCAGCUGAAAGCAACAGCGCUGAAUGCGCUAAAAUUUUAUUGGAAGGAGGUGCAACAGCCGGAACAAGAGACGACAGUGGAAUGACAGUACUCACGCUGAUGAUCACGAAAAUGCCGAGUGUGGCGCUUCGAGCCUUGGAUCAGUUCCACGUCACAGACAGAUCUCAUCGCAAGCAACGAUAUUAUCUCAACUUCUUGGAACAAUGCGACCCAGAUACCAAACGUCAACCAGUCAACCUCUCACCCUUGCAAGCAGUCGUGGAAGUAAACUGCUUCGAGCUUAUUAUGCAUCCGAUUUUCCAAAGACUAAUUGAAGUCAAAUGGGGAUUCUUUGGUCUUGGGGCUUGGCUGGGGAUCUUUCUGAACGUCCUGCUUGCUGUGGCCUACACUGUGCUCGGAGUAACGCAUCCUACCGACGUGGCUGAUUAUUAUUACCCACUCAGCAAAAAUGCGUGGAAGAUUCCCCUGGAGGCUGCCGUCGUGCUUUUAACGUUCAACGAAAUCAGAAAAGAGAUAAAAGAGUUUUACCAGUCUAAACGAGAAAAUACAAAGUUCAUAAGCUGGAGGAAGAAAGAAGUUAAACGCGAUUUGCAAUAUUGUCAUCCUCGAUGGACGCAAGAAAAAAACUUUAUCAAACAACAUGUGAAACAGAUCAAACACCGAAAGAAGACGUACUUCCAAGACAAGUGGAAUUAUUUGGAUUGGGUGGCGUAUCUAAUGCUGAUCAUUGUGAUCAUACUUCACAUCAUCAAUGUCGUCGUCGAAAACAAUCAGUAUAAUGGAUAUUUCACCCGGAUACAUGCCUGCACGAUUAUCAUCAUUUGGGUCCGCCUGCUGAAGUUUGCUAGACCCUUCCCAAGUCAGGGACCUUUUGUAGUCAUCCUGGACAACAUCCUAUUGGACACAAUCAGAUGGGGCUUUGUCAUAGCCAUGUUUUACAUCCCUUACGCAGCAGCUUUUUGGAUGUUGUUUGGCCCGGGAUCCAUGCGUGAGCCUGUGAAAGGAUACGACAAUGUGGGACACUUAGCCUUCACUAUCAUCCGCUUCCCACUUGUGGAUAACUACAACUUCGACGACCUGGAAAAAGAGUACCCGGUCAUGUCGCGCAUACUCUGUGGUUCUUUCCUCAUUCUCGCUGCCAUCGUAUUAAUGAACUUGUACAUUGCGUUACUGUCGAACACGUUUCAACGUGUUUAUGACAACGCACGCGCGACGGCUGCAAUGCAGCGCGCGCGCCUUCUGCAAGAUCUUGAAUCGUCUGCCUCCGAACGUAGAGUGGAGCGAUACAGGGAUCAUAUCCGUAACAGAUGCAGCCCAGAGGGGAACGACUUCUUGGUAAUCAUAUCCGACGAAGAAGAACAAAACAGGAAACAAGUAGAGAAAAUCGCCUUAGUCCAUACCAUUGUUAGCGAUCGUCUGGGAGGGAAGAAGUUUGGAAAAGUACGAAAGAGCGAGUUUGACACAGUGCUGGAAGAUGUCGACUCCUUAAAACGCUCUCAGAGUGAAAUGCAGAAAUCUGUUGAUUACCUUCAUCUUCGUUUGGAUGAGCUUGGAAGCCUCAAUGCCCUAAUCUAUGAAGAAAUUGCUAAAUUGAUGCAACACGAGAAAAAACAGAUCUCGGCGAUUAGUGAUGUUAACACCGAAGUUACCAACGUGAACACUAACAUGGAGUACAAGGUUGAGAGUCUUUCCAGAGGCAUCGACUCUGGAUUCGAAACUGUGGAAGCUGAGGCCAACCUGAGAAACAGUGUGCUAGAGGGCAACUUAGGCGCAAGAUUUGACCAGCUACAGACAGAACUCAUGGCAAUUAACUCCAAGUGCGAUGAACACGAAUCACAUAUCAAGCAGUAUGAAGAGAAUCUCAUGGCUAGAGUAGAACACCUGGAGGCGUUUGUAGUAAGUAUGGAGGACGACAAAAUCAAGGAGAAACCCAAAGGAAGAAAAACCAGUGCAAGACCUAAAUCCAGAGCGACCACCCCGAAACCAUUCCAAAUGAUUGAUGGCGACAGGGAAUUGGUCAAAGUGGCAGGAACGUCUCUAGGGAAAAGCGCACUCGAUGUGGAAACUGUCUCUGACCUGGUUAGUGCUAAUGGAGAUACCAUAGCUGAGAAGCAGAAAAAAAAAUCAGUCAUUAUGUCGGGUCAAGCCGCGAGAGACGAGUACGUGGCUCGACUAAAGGGAGCAUUGGCACCGAUUCCACCUUCAGAUUUGACUCCGCGUACAGAGGAUGGUGAGGCAAACAAAGGAUUAGAAAAAACUGACUUGGAAAGUGCUAAUGGAAACGCGAUAGCUGAGAAGCAGAAAAAAAAAUCAGUCAUUAUGUCAGGUCAAGCCGCAAGGGACGAGUAUGUGGCUCGACUCAAGGAACCAUUGGCACCUAUUCCAUCCCCAGAUUUAGCCCCGCCUACAGAGGAUAGCGAGGCAAACAAAACUGACUUAGAAAGUGCUACUGGAAAUGCAAUGGCUGAGAAGCAGAGAAAAAGAUCAAUCAAUAUGUCAGGUCAAGCCGCGAGAGACGAGUAUGUGGCUCGACUAAGAGGAAUAUUGGCACCGAUUUCACCCCCAAAUUUACCUCCGUGUGAAGAGAGCGAGGCAGACAAAGUAUUAGACAAAACUGACUGAGCUUCCAUUAGCUGAAACUCGAUUAAGUAUCCCAAAGUAAAGACAUUUUAAAAAAAUGACUUUGUCAUCCCACCUUGUACUUUUUCGUAGUCCAUACGCCAGUGUAAAUAGAAAUGAAAAAUUAACUUAUUUAAUCGGUUCGAUGUUUUGAAAGAGGCAAUAAAGCCAGUAAAUGAAAUGAUCAUAGUGACAGAGCCUUUGAGCAGAUAUGAAGGCUGGGGCUAAAGAUCGCUGUUAGGAAUUCGUAAUACAAAUUGACUCGUACAUUAAAAAAAAUCAGAUUUUUCUUUAAAUUCCGGUGUUUCUGGCAUAAACGUAGACUUCCUUAUUAAGCGUAAAUUUGGGAAAGACUCCUUAACUAAAACGCACUAAUAAAAUUUGAAAAAGUAA